UUUAGAGUUAAAUAAUUUAAAAAUAGAAAAUGCAACCGAAUGAAAUGGUCGAUGAAAGUCAACAAGGAGAAGAAAUUGAUUCCUCUGGAAGUGCUUGUGGUGACAAUCCCAAGUCUUCAAAGCCGAUGAUGGAGAAGAGACGAAGAGCAAGAAUCAACAACAGUUUGAACGAAUUAAAAACAAUUCUACUUGAAGCUUUGAAGAAAGAUACCACGCGACAUUCCAAGCUAGAGAAAGCUGAUAUUCUGGAAAUGACCGUGAAAUAUUUGAGAAGACUUGAACGACAAAGAGUCACAGCAAUCAGAAUGAACCCUGCAGUUGUUAAUAAGUACAAGGCUGGAUUUAAUGAAUGUAGAAACGAAGUUACGAAAUUUCUAAGCACACAUGAAGGCGUUGCAGUUGAUGUUCGCACUCGACUGUUAAGCCAUCUUGAAACUUGUCAAGAGUCUUUGCAGGAUCAAGAUCAAGAUUUUUCAUGUGACGAGUUCGCCGACCAGCCAAUGAGUUGGAUGACCUCGCCAAUGCAGAGUGACGAUCAGACCAGUCCAAAUCCAAAGUCACCAGCAACCAAGAUAUCGUGUACAACUUUGCGUAAAGAAGAUUCACAACAAAUCAUUAACACUGGCAAAGAAUUUUGUGGAGAACGCCAUGGUGCACAAGAAUCCCGAUUUGUCGAAAGAGAAUUUCAAAAUGUAAUAUGUAGUUCCACAAUUACGCCGCCAUCUAGCGUCGAGAUAUCAAGCCAUGCAAAAGGUUGCCACGCAGACGUCGCCUUUAUACUACCACAAGUGGGGGCAGAGAGUGGAUUUGUAGCAAACGUUCCUAACACAAGUAGUAACUACGGGCGGCCUGUUGUUUUCCAGGCUGUCCCUACCAAAGAAAUCAUUCCAGAAAAUGAAGAUUCUUAUCGAUCGAUACAAACUGCAGGCCCAUCACAGUCUGGUUUCCCGAAUGCCGGCAGGAUUGUUCCGUUAACAACUUCCAGCAGUAACUUAGACUUUGCAGCAGUUAAAUAUUUAAUUCCUUUCACUGGAAAUGAAGCAAAUCCGCAGAAUGUACAGGUUCCAACAGCAUCAUCGAUACGCCGUGAAGCAGUGAAUAUGCAAUGCAAUGUGGAAACAGAGAAUUACUCGACUGAAUACAACUACAUUCCACGUGAAAAUUUGACAAUAAAUGCAACGACUGCAACAAGACAAUAUGCUCAAACAUAUAGCCAUAGUCAUUCAAAUUAUCAAAGUAAUAAAAAUCCUUGGAGACCGUGGUCUCACGAUAAUGUAUCAUAGCAAAACAAACAAAAAAAAAACUACAAAUGUUCCAAUGAGAUAUACGAAUGCAAUAUUGACUCAUGCAAAUUUUGCAUAAUCGAAGAGUUCCAUUUUCACGAUUUCAUGACAUUUUUUUCAAUGUUGUUUAUAUUUUAUAAAUGCUCAUAAUUUGUAACUCUAAGUAAUCUUUAGCUAACGUUCCAUAAAGUUCUUUGAUAUCUAUCGCAGUCUCUCAGAACUGUAAAUCAUGAAUAUGCUGGCACACUGUCGAAUAUCUGUUUAUUCAAAAGGCAUUUUAGGGAUAUCUUUAGAAGUUGAGUAUAUUCAUUAAAAUCGAUUUGGUGCGCCUGGAUAUACCGGUAGUUGUCAGACACAUCCAGAAAUCAAAAGUACACGUGACAUACAAAACGACCAACGGAGAUGGAAUCGGUUUGAAAACCAUUUAAGUAUUGGAGAUUUUGAGAUCCACACCGCUACGACACUAAUUUAGGUCCACAUACGUGAAAUUUAAUGCCUAAU